CUACUGGCCUUGAAUCAACCGCCAUACAACAAAAAUUCAUUCCUAUCCUAUCUUAUCUCAUAAUUCAAAGAUGCGCUGCAGUCUGAUACCGGCCCUGGUGGGCCUGACAACGGUAGUAACGGCUCUACCCCAGUCCAGACACCAUCAGAUACAAAGGACUACCCCGCCGCCCGCCACCCAAGAAUUUACUCUUGCUAUCGAGUUGAACGAGACAUAUGUUCCUCUCAUCGCUGUGUACAAUAACACAGCAGACCUGGUCUUACAAGCCGGGGAGCCGGGUGUGACCUCUGGCACACCAACAUACACCAACACAUCAACCCCAGACGCAGAUGGGUACACCACCUCAUUGAUUUUCGACCUCUCCAACAGUGCAGACAGUCCCCCAGGCGUCUAUGGCAUGGCCGUCGCGGACCUGGGUGAGCUGUACGGCGUGGCAUCCUACGUGUAUGGCGUGAUAAACUUUCAAGAAUUUGACUUUGCUAUUGACGACGGCUCGGUGUUCCAUGAACUCACUGCCGCUUCGCAAGACUGGUUCGCCUGUCAAGACUCUGUGAACGGGACGCAGGGCUACUUCCUCAGCUGGGGCGUGUUCUCCGAAGAAGGCCUUGCGCCAACUGGCUGCGUUGUGACAAAUGUGAUCCAGGUCUUUAACUCGACGGGAACGGUCACCUCACGGAGGAUUUCUAGGUGACAAUGAGGUUUGGUAAAAAGGACCAGUUAGGUUAGUAGAAUGAGGCGUAGGUGGUCGUCUGCAUUGUGAAAGAAGAGUUCGUCGGCGAGGUUUUUGCUCUCUUAAUGAGUUGUGUUUUGCUGUUCUCUCUUGUCAGUCAUUUCUAAAGAUAGCUCCUUAGUGUUCACACAUAUUUAAAAUCUGAAGUCGCAAAAAGACACAUCAAAAGG